AUGCAGAACACAGACGUCGCACCCAGCGUCACUAUCGAAGUGACGGACUUCGUCAUGCCGGAUGAAGUCGCCAAUCCAGUCAACGCCGUCGCCCUACCACUCUUCGCUGCUCUCGCCCUCCUCAUCACCUACCUACCUCUCCGAUCCUUCUACCGCGUCAAGAACAUCGCCGCUUGCAGCAUGAUGGCCGUCAUCGUAAUCAUCAACCUCAUGGCAUUCAUCAACGGAAUCCUCUGGCCCUCAGAUGACUGGACAAAAUGGUGGGAGGGGUACGGCCUCUGUGACGUCGAGGCGAUUCUCCGUUUCCCUAUCACCAUGGCUCUCGCUACUUCGCUCUGUUGUCUGACGAAAGGCCUGGCUGAUGCGUUGGAUACCGAGUGUGCAGUGUUCAAUCCGAGCAAGUCCCAGAGACGUAGGAAGGUUAUUGGGGAUGUGCUAUUCUGCUGGCUUCUGCCUGUGAUGAUGAUGGCGUUACAUUAUACGAUACAGGCUGGAAGAUAUAUGAUUAUUCCUGUUUGGGGAUGUGCCGAUCAGUUGGACAACUCGUGGCCGAUGUUGGUGAUCAUCAUCAUGUGGUGUCCGAUCUUCACUUUGCUGAAUGUGUACUAUGCCGCAAUCAUGUUCUACCGCCUCUACCGCCACCGCAAAACCAUCUCCGCCACCCUCACAAGUACCGGCUCCGGUCUCGCCCCCCGCAAAUUCAUCAAACUGGUCCUGAUCUCAGUCCUCCUCAUUGUCAUCUACCUUCCCAUCCAAGCGCUCUUCACUUUCUACGCCAUCCCCACAAAGUUCGUCCCUUACUCCUGGUCACGGAUCCACAACCCAGUGACCUGGUCACCCAUCCUCUUCAUUCACACUGGCAUGCAGCCCAGUCUGCAGUGGGCAGGCUGGGCAGGCGUUGUAGCGAGUGUAUUCAUGUUUGCGUUCUUCGGCUUCAAUGAUGACGCUGUUGAUACAUACAGGGCUGCAUUGGUGAACUGUGGCGCCGGGAGAAUCUGGCCAAGUUUGAAGCUCAGUAGGGAUGAGAGAAGGGCGAGUGAGACGCUGGUCAAUACCACGGGGUCGAAGAGUAGCUUUAAGAGCCAGCUUGAUCUUGUGGGUAAGGCGAUGAAGUACUUUGAUACGGAAAGUAGGACGGAUAGUCAUGCUACAGGGUCGACAUUGACUGAUAGAACUACCACCACUAUAUCACGCAAAGGCUCUCAGGGAACAUUCUCCAACGCUACAGACAACCUCUCACACAUCCCCACCAGCACAUCAACAAAUGCUUCUCUUCUCCAUAAGUCAGCUGCAAGUCACGACUCAGAUCAUCAGAUGUACUCUAAUAUCUUCUCGCAAAAUGGCCAGGUCGAUGAUAUCACACCCGCUCCAUCUCAGUUCCGAUAUGAGGACUCCAGUAUCUCACCAACCUGCUUCAACUCUUUACAGACACCGGCACAGACGCCAAGUUCGACUACACCCCUUCAAAGCAGUCUACACAGAGGUGUAUUCUCAAUGUUCAGAACACAUAUGAAUCUACCUUUCAGUGCAUUCGCUUCAUCCAAGCCCGCCUCCAAAGUAAAGCCAACCUCAAAGUCAAGAGAGCAAGCCGAGAUGAGCAUCAUCACCUCCCGCCACGACCAAGCCACCACCAACAAAGAAGCAGACCUCGAAGCCCAGGGCCCUACUGCAAAGUCUUUCCCGAUAGCCUGGCCACGACGCACCUCUGCUACUCCCAGCCACACAACCGUGAGCACAAAUAUCUGGUCUCCCGGCUCUACUUCUGGAACACCUUCAUCAUCGAGUCAACAGCCCAAGACCUCCACUGUCUCACACACCCUCGCCCACAGUCCCAAACUGUUCAUCGCUACUAUCGACAACGACGAAGGUUUCUUCGACCCUCACUCUCCGAAGAUGGGCACGCGCGCCUACCGGGAGCGAGAACGUCGUGAAUUCGCGGCUUCAGUCUCUACUGCUUCUAAGAUUACCUUACCUGUCUCUACAAGUCCAAGGAAGGAAUUGCAGACGCGGAUUUAUGCCGAUAAUGUGCAUCAAGAACUAGGUAUGCAGAUCCUUGCUCCCACUGAGACUAUCGAGGGUGGUAGGAAGGAAGGUAAGAAGAGCGAUCAGGGAAUGAGAGGUGUCAUCGUGACGAAGAGUCUGGAUAUCAAGGAGGAGAGGACUGGCUGA